UUCUUCUCGAUCCUUGUUUCUUUCAGACUCGCGCGAAAUUCUUCUCCAUCUCUGUUUCUUCGAUGGCUCAUAGCGAUGACGAUGUCCUAGGUCUGGGAAAUAAGGCUCUGAGCGGCAACAAAAGGAAGUCUCGUGAUGACUCCUCAGAAGAAGAAAAUGAGAAGGAGGAUAAGGGAUUCCAAGUGGAAUCUCCAGAUAACAAUAACAAAAAACCAAGGACAGAUGAGGAGGAGCAGAAUCAGAAUCCAGUUGAAGAAUUUGGUUGCAGUCCUGAUGUUGCAUCUCAAAUUAUGAACCAUGCUCGCUUCUAUGUGUUACUCAAAAGGGCUCCUCUUGUGGCCAGGGAUUACUCCCUCAUGAAUGAAGCAAGGAAUCUGAUUGGUCAAGCUCAGAUUCUUGCUAUGAAUCUAGAUGAAUAUCCUGAUUUUCUGACGGAAUUCCCUGAAUUGGCGGUGGGGGUUCCUUGUGUGGCACUUUUUCACGGAUUCCAAGUGCUUGAUUGGUGUGUAUUGAAUGCGGGUACUACUGCAGAGAAUGUUGCUGCCCUGGGAGCUCCAAACAAUUGAGGCCAAUGCUUUUGUGCAGAGUAUGUCCAAUGAUAGUGAUAUAUAGAAAUAAGUGAAAAUUAGGAGUUUAUGCAUGAAUGUGUCACAGAUACAGUGGGUAUGUGUCACAGAUUCGUGAUUCAUGAUAUAACAUGUUUAGUUUGUGUUAGAGACCAACAAUGUGUUAGGUCAUCGUUUCUAUGACCCUACUUAAUUUUGUACGGUAUCCCUUUAACUCGUGCAUUUAUUAGA